AUCGAUAAAUAUUUUGCAUCCGUUCUUUUUUAUUUUAUUUUUUUAAUUAAAAUGUCAUUUGAAUAUAUCAGAAGUAAGCGGGGUCAACAAAUGAUUUUAUUGAAUAAUUUUAAGUUUCGUUUUGCAUAUAAAGCAAUACAAACGGGUAACAUACGUUGGCGUUGUUUUGUAAAAGAAUGCAAAGGUACCAUUCACGUGAAUGAGCUUGAUGAAAUUAUUGAUCAAACAGAACAUACAUGUAAUGGCCCUUAUUCUGAUCCCAUAAUUAUGAGACAAAAAUUAGCUGGCGCUUGUAAACGCAAAGCCGUAGACGAUAUUUACCAAAGACCGCAAAAAAUAAUUUUAGGGGAAAUUCAAACAUUAAGUAAUAAUAAUUUUACGACAAUGGAUGUGUCAUGUAUUCGCCAAACUAUUUAUCGCACUACACGACAAUUUUUUCCUACUAACCCAGAAUCUAUAAGUGAAUUACAUACAAUUAUUGAUAAUACAGAAGUUUUAACUACGCGCGGAGAACAGUUUUUAUUACACAACGAUCAUGAGAAAAAUAUUAUUAUUUUUUCUUGUGAUACAAUCCUUAAAUUUCUUUGCAAUUCCAAAUCAAUAUAUGUAGACGGAACUUUUCAGUAUUGCUCAAAAAAUUUUGUACAAUUAUUUACCAUACACGGAUAUAUAAACAAUUACUAUGUACCAAUUGUUUUUUGUUUAUUAAAAAAUUAA